GUGGUGGCUGGUAUGUGCUGGCGCGAUGAGGCCGAGGCCGUGGCUCAGGCUGUGGCUGGCGGGCUGGCAGCGGAUGCCGUGGUCGACGGGGCGACCCGGGCUGGCGGCGGCGGGCUGAGUCUACUGGUGGCAGCGGCGGCUGGAGGGGCGGUUGGCGCAGGCGAGGUGCUGAUCGGAAGCGGUGCGCGGGUCGGCGAGGUAGUGAUGAUGAACGAUGUGGUGUGGGAGAUGGACAGCAGCGGAAGGCGGUGGGAGAAGCGGGCAAUGCACCGGAAAACGACGGCGAUGCAUGUGGCUGUGCGGAGCGGGAAGGAGGCGAUGGUGCGGAUGCUGAUGGCGGCGCUAGUGGAGCAGGAAGGCGAGGAGGGUGCGAGGACGGACUGA